AUGCCUGUCCGCUGGUCAUCAACCUAUGUUAUGCUCAACCGUGUGGAGAAGAUGAAACCUCAUGCUGAUAAUGUACAGCAGAGUUUCUCGUCUGAUAAAGGCUCAACCCUUCAGCUUGCAUUGCCAGCUCUCAAAGCCUUGCAUAAGGCUUGGAUGUCUCAUUCUGAGAGUUCAAAGUAUGAGCCCUUUCAUACAGCCUUGAAUGCAGCUGUUGAAAAGAUCUGUGGGUACUAUGAGCGAACUGCAGACAAUGAUGCAUAUAUCAUGGCUAUGUUGCUUGACCCAUCACAGAAGGACUCACAUAUUAAGCACUUCUGGGGUAAAGAAACACAUAUUGAUGCUCUCCGUGAGGCUGAGAGAAUGGUGAGUUUGUCUUCUUGUUGA